AUGUCGUAUGAUCUCAAGCCAUUUGCGAUUGAGAAUGUCAUUCCAGUUUUACAGGCCUUGCUGGAGAUGGUGUUUGGUGCCAAGGUGGUUGUCACUGGUGACGGAUUUGUUCCUGGGGAAAGGAGUGUCAUUAUCAUGAACCAUCGCACACGAAUGGACUGGAUGUUCCUGUGGAACUGCCUGCUGCGAUACAGCUACCUCAGACUGGAAAAAAUCUGUCUCAAAUCCAGUCUCAAAAGCAUUCCGGGAUUUGGCUGGGCGAUGCAGGUUGCUGCCUUUGUUUUCAUUCAGAGAAAGUGGGAAGAUGACAAGAGUCACUUUGAAAAAAUGCUGGAUUAUUUCUGUGACAUUCGUGAACCACUACAACUCCUCAUCUUUCCGGAAGGAACUGAUCUCACAGCCAAUACCAAAGCCCGCAGUCAUGAAUUCGCUGAAAAGAACGGACUUCUAAAAUACGAGUACGUCUUACAUCCACGAACUACUGGAUUCACUUUUGUGGUUGAGCGUCUAAGGGAAGGUGACAAUCUCGAUGCUAUCCAUGACAUAACUGUGGCAUACCCCCAAAACAUUCCUCAGACGGAGAAGCACCUUUUGAAUGGAAACUUCCCAAAGGAGAUUCACUUCCACGUCCAGAGAUAUCCCAUAAAGACAGUGCCCACUUCUAAGGAGGAGCUGCAGCUUUGGUGCCGGAAGCGUUGGGAAGAGAAAGAGGAGAGACUCCGACACUUCUAUGAAGGUGGAAAAUGCUUCAGUGCAACAGGGCAAAGCCUUAUUCCACCGUGUAAAUCUGAGCUCAGGGUCCUCGCAGUUAAGUGCAUCUCGCUCCUGUAUUGGACUGUGUUCCCGCUGGGUAUGCUUGCACUGCUGUACCUGUACAGCUUUGCACGAUGGUAUUUUGCAGCCAUGAUAAUCUUUUUUGUUGUGCAGCAAAAGAUAUUUGGUGGGCUGGAACUAAUUGAACUCGCUUGUCAUCGAUAUUUUAAAAAACAACAGAAAUUUCACGACACGAAAAUAAAAAGCAAUUAGUUCUGGGAUAGAGAAAGACGUAAAAAUGGGUGGGUUUGAGAUGUCCUGCAAAUUUUAUGCACAGGGAAGAAUUUUUGCAUGAGAAUUGUCUUUUACUAUCGCCAUUGUUAGACAUUUGCACUCGAUUCUGUGAAAAGAAAGAAAAAUGUUAGUUAUUGCUACACGUGAAAAUGGUAGUUUUUAUCUCUGAAUGUAAUUUCAACAUUGCUCUUGCAAGCAGCUAGCAACUGCAUUCUGCUGUAAUUAAAAAACAAAUUGCUGGAUUAUUGAACAAUCGUGAGGACGUUAAUAAAUGUGACGUGCACUGAACUUUCAUGUAGAAACCCAAACUGUCCAGCUAAGAGAGACAGCUGUGUGAUUUCUGUAUAAUCACAUUGUUAUAAAGUGAGCGCCGGAUUUGGAAAGUUGGUAAGUUCAACAAUGUUUUGAUGGUAGGUGGAAGUUGGAGGAGGAGUUGUUCUGUUUCUUUUUUUUAUUUCAAAUA